AUGAGUGAACCUCAACUGGGGGAUAGUGCUAAAGAAAAUGACCAACAAAAAUCUGCCGAUUCAAAAAAUGUAGUCAAAACUUCUUCCAACUCACCAGAAAAACAAGACAAAGACAAACCUGUUCAGCAUAAACAAAAUCGUCGGGCAUCAGAAGAUGUUCGACUUCAUUCAAACCGUCAGCGUAUUUACUAUAACCAAAAACAAUUUCCACAACCAUUAUCUGUUGCUGACAAACGCAAUGAUUUUGCAGCAGGUCGAAUGCAAAGUCAGCCUCAGGGCAAUUCCAGUAAUAGAGGAGGUGGACGGCCAUCUGAUAAGUCUAGCCGAUCAUGGCAGCAAAAGACGCGUUCUCUUUCAACAAAUACAGCACCUCCUCCUACAAAAUUAGAAGUACCUGGAGGGCUUAAUGAAGUGUUUAAAAAGGAUCGCAAAGACCAUAGACACAGAAAGUCAGCAACGGAUAUUGGAACGAGUAAUAAUUCUUUGGCAACAAAUGGCGAAAGUUUUGAUUAUGAAGAAAUGGAUCUUGAUGAGCCUUUCUCUGAAUCUGAGGAUGAAAGCGCUGCACGUCGUCGUGCUGCACAAAAACCAUGUUUGGUAAUUCCUCGUGGAAGGAUUCGCUCUCUUUCGGGCACAAUUCCACCAGUCGGUUAUUCGCCUCAUUGGGGUGGGCCAACAAUGUGUCUGAAAUGCCUCCAAUUUUUUCAAUUACCUGAAAUGAUGGAUUCUUUCUCUACUCAUUUAUUAAAUGAGCAUAAAGUCGUUAUUGAUGAUAUGGACAUUAUUGUUGAUUUGAAACGCUAUGUUGAACAUUGGCGACAACAAUUUAAUACUUGUAAAAUUGAAGACGUUUUUCCAAAGAUUAUUCCAGAAGAAGGACAUCCACUACACGGAAAGGUUAUUGAAUACAUUGAACAUUUACGGGAUAAAAUGACUCGUAACGAGUGUAUUUAUUGUGAAAAAACAUUUGCUGAUCGAAUUACUUUAAUGGAUCAUAUGCGUAAAAAGAACCACAAAGAAGUUAAUCCAAAAAAUAAUUAUUAUGAUAAGGAUACAAUGCCUUCAUUUAUGGACUCUGAUGAAGAAGAAGAGGAUUCUUGGGAAGAAUUUGAACAAGAUAAUACUGAUGAAGACUUACUUGGUUUAUGUCUAUUUUGUGACCAUGCAAAUAUAGAGUUGGAUGAAAUUGUGGAGCACAUGAAAGAUGACCAUAAAUUUGACAUUUUUGCUUAUAUCGACGAACAAAAGAUGGAAUUAUAUGAUCGAAUGAAAUUUGUCAAUUUUAUUAGAAAACAGACCUACAAUACUCGUUCACCAACAAAGGAAUUAAAAGUUGCUGAAAUUCCUGAUCGUGAAGAAUGGGACAAAGAUGAGCAUUUGGUCCCAAUGUUUGGAAAUGACCAUCUCCUCUGGAUGUUAGAAAGUUGGUUUUUUGCAAAAGAAAAUGAAGGUGUUAAUGAAAAGUCAGCUAAGGAAUGUAAUGGUAAUGAAUUAUUGGAAGGAGGAAAAAGUGGAUGUAAAAUUCAAUUAAAUACUCUUGUAGAAGAGUCCAAAAAGAAUGCUGUCUCUGGGGUAAUUGCUGAGGAUUUGCCAGAUUUAAGUGAAAGUAUUCUUGCCAACCCAGAGUUGCAGGAUUCAUUGCGUUAA